CAGCAGCCGCAGCAGCUUCGCCGGUGCACGUCGAGGCCACCCCGUCAAUGCGCUGCCAAUGGGUCAUGUCCUGUGUUGUGGCCUCAUGGUUUAAGUGGGAAUAAAGAUGAGUAUAAGCAGUGAUGAGGUCAACUUCUUGGUAUAUAGAUACUUGCAAGAGUCAGGGUUCUCUCACUCCGCGUUCACCUUUGGCAUAGAGAGCCACAUCAGCCAGUCCAACAUCAACGGCGCCCUUGUCCCGCCCGCCGCGUUGAUCUCCAUCAUCCAGAAGGGCCUGCAGUAUGUAGAGGCAGAGGUCAGCAUUAACGAGGAUGGCACCUUGUUCGACGGUCGGCCCAUAGAGUCUCUGUCCCUGAUCGACGCUGUGAUGCCUGACGUUGUGCAGACCCGACAGCAAGCUUACCGGGACAAGCUGGCUCAGCAGGCCCCAGCCGCCGCCACCGCCGCCGCUGCCACCCAGCAAGGGUCUGCGAAAAAUGGAGACAACACAGCCAAUGGGGAGGAGAACGGCGCGCACAGCAUAGCGAAUAAUCACACUGAUAUGAUGGAGGUGGACGGCGAUGUCGAAAUCCCUCCCAGUAAGGCAGUGGUGUUACGGGGCCAUGAGUCUGAAGUUUUCAUUUGUGCCUGGAACCCCGUUAGUGAUCUCCUGGCUUCGGGGUCUGGCGACUCGACAGCAAGAAUAUGGAACCUCAGUGAGAACAGCACCAGCGGCUCUACCCAGCUGGUGCUCAGACACUGCAUACGAGAAGGGGGGCAGGACGUCCCCAGCAACAAGGACGUCACCUCUCUAGACUGGAACAGUGAAGGUACACUUCUAGCCACUGGUUCGUAUGAUGGAUUUGCCAGAAUAUGGACCAAAGACGGUAACCUUGCUAGCACGUUAGGGCAACACAAAGGCCCUAUAUUUGCAUUAAAGUGGAAUAAGAAAGGAAAUUUCAUCUUAAGUGCUGGAGUAGAUAAGACCACAAUUAUUUGGGACGCACACACGGGUGAAGCCAAGCAGCAGUUCCCUUUUCAUUCAGCGCCAGCGCUGGACGUCGACUGGCAGAGCAACACCACCUUCGCCUCUUGCAGCACGGACAUGUGCAUCCACGUCUGCAAGCUGGGACAGGACAGGCCGGUGAAAACAUUCCAAGGACACACGAAUGAAGUCAACGCCAUCAAGUGGGACCCCACCGGCAACCUCCUGGCCUCCUGUUCUGACGAUAUGACUUUGAAGAUAUGGAGUAUGAAGCAAGAUACUUGUGUCCAUGAUUUGCAAGCACAUAACAAAGAAAUCUACACGAUCAAAUGGAGCCCGACUGGGCCCGGGACAAGCAACCCCAAUGCCAACCUCAUGCUAGCGAGCGCGUCCUUCGAUUCCACCGUCAGGCUGUGGGACGUAGACCGAGGGGUUUGUAUCCACACCUUGACGAAGCACCAGGAGCCUGUGUACAGUGUGGCUUUCAGCCCCGACGGCAGGUACCUGGCAAGUGGCUCUUUCGACAAGUGUGUGCACAUCUGGAACACACAGACAGGUGCUCUAGUCCACAGCUACAGGGGAACAGGUGGAAUCUUCGAGGUUUGCUGGAAUGCAGCGGGAGACAAAGUUGGAGCCAGUGCAUCCGAUGGUUCAGUUUGUGUAUUAGACCUUCGAAAAUAGCGCUACUAGUUGGAAGCCAUGGACCGACUAUGAAUGUGUACAUAGCCAAACGACUGCCCCGACCACGCACUGCUGUAGCCCCCGAACCAUGGCCAGUCCACUACAGCCAGCUCUGAGAGGUGGAUACGUACAGUGUAUAUAAACAAAGCCGCACCCUGAAGAUGACAGAGUUUUGUCACAGCUUGUGAAUUCUGUUCACCAAGUGCUGGAAUCUAAUCUGCUGUGCCCCUAAAAUAGCAUUUAGAAGUUUUGGAUUUGAAAGCAGAAGAGAGAAAGAAGUACAUGUUACAAAAGCAGACCAUUCAUGUACCAGAGUUCGGAUACUAAAGACAGCCGUGUCCCUCCCCUCGACCGGCAGACACCAUGAAUUACGUUCCUUUUCCCUUCGGCAGUGAGCGGCUUGUAUGUACCGAGAAAACGGACUCAGCUCGCAGCAGUAGAAUGUUCUCGCUUUCACGUUUUGUUUUUGGUUUAGUUUGGAUGCAUGAAGUCAGGGAGUGAAUCAGUUUCUUGUUUAUGUUUUUUUCACCUUUUAAACAACAACAAAAA